AUGAAUAUGAUAACAAAUAUUAUCUUAAAUAUUACUAAAAAACCUAAGCAUUACUCCCAUAUAGAUGAUUCUUUUAUUGCUUCUGAUACUUCAUGUUUAAAAGUAUAUUCUACAAGAGAGAAGAUAAAUAAAUUUUUUUUUCCUAUUAAAUUUUUUUUAUUUAUUUUUUUAAUUUGGAUAUUACAAUGUUCCAAUAACUGUACUUGUAGACCCAUGGAUACAAAAUACAUCUUAAAAGAUAAGUUUGAUUUAAGAACUGCAAGAUUACUAGCUGAAGGUAGAAGGACAGAUGUAAUAAAAACAAACUUACCAAUUGAAAUAGAACAAAUGUGUUCAGAAAGAGAUACAGAAUUAUUACAAGAAAAUGUUAAAGAGAAAAUAACAGACAAUAAAUUAUUGUAUAGAAAUAUUUUAAGAAAAAUUUCUUUUUUUUCCGUUGUAAUUUUACCAAUAAUUUUUAUUGUAAUAGAAAUAUUUUUAGACUCAAACUUAAUGGGGUUAUUUAAAAAAGAUAUUAUUUUGGUUAGUUUGUAUCUUACGCUAUAUUCACUUUUUAUUAUUCGUUUAUGA